AUGAUGAAGUUUCCCCGCAGAGUGGGCAGUGCCCUGGUCAGAGAGUGCAUGGCCGAGUUCCUGGGAACGUUCAUCUUGGUGCACUUCGGCCUGGCUACUGCAGCUCAAGUGAAAACCAGCAGAGAGACCAAAGGCAUCUUCCUGUCCGGCAACUUCGCCUUCCCAGUGGGAGUGCUGGCAGCCAUGCACCUCACCAAGGGCAUCUCAGGCGCCCACCUGAACCCAGCGGUGACUCUGAGUUUCUGCUUUCUGGGUCGAGUACCGUUGAGAAAGCUGCUGCCCUACAGCAUCUCACAGAUUUUGGGGGCUUAUGUGGCAGCAGCUGUCGUCUAUCUGGUCUACUACGAUGCUAUAAUGGAGUUCAGCGGAGGAGUGUUGACCGUAUACGGCCCAAAUGAGACCGCAUCGAUAUUUGCCCCGAAUCCCUCAGAUUACGUGACUGUGGGCAGACUCUUCUUCGACCAAGUGGUGGGCACUGCCUUGCUGCUGCUGUGCAUUCUGGGCUUGGCUGAAAAGAGGAACGCUCCGGCUCCUGACGACCUGAUUCCUGCUGUGGUUGCGGUGGUCGUAUUCGGGCUCUCCAUCUCGAUGACAGGCAACAGUGGUGGUGCGAUAAAUCCCGCCCGGGACCUGGGACCUCGACUCUUCACGUUCACGGCGGGCUGGGGCACCGAAGUCUUCACGUGCUACGAUUACUGGUUCUGGAUUCCCCUGGUGGCUCCAAACGUCGGAGGUGUUGCAGGUAGUAUCAUAUAUCUGGUCUUCAUCCAGUGGCAGCUGCCGGACCCGGACCCUCCCAAAGACACAUCUUCCCUGUACAGCAUCAGCGACAAACUCAAGCCACCGGCCACCACGUGGGAAAAAGGAGACGAGAUGAAGGUUGAACGUUUCUGA